UAAAAAAAAAACCUCUAUAGCGCUUUUGCUCUAUGAUCAAAUUAAGAAAAAAGCUGUUCUAAAAAAAAUAGAAAACAAUAAUAAUAAAUUGUUAUUCAUUAUUAAUAACUAAUUAAAACAAAAUGAUUGAGAAUAACGCUACCAAUUUGUUAUUUAGCGCUUUCCAAAAGAAAAUCGAGGAGGAACAAGAAGUUCGUGAAGUUAUACGCAAUUUAUGUAAAGAGGUUGACAAAUUUUCGCGGGAAAUAACAGCAGUUCUUCAAGUAAUGCACCAUAGUGAGGAGGGAAUAUCACCAGCAUGUUUGAAGGCUCGCCGGCUGUUGGACAAGGUAAACGAAGGCUAUGCAAAACUGAAGGAAGUUGUCCCCGCCACAGAUUAUUAUAAGUAUCAAGAACACUGGCGUUUCAUGACACAGAAGUACUGUUACCUCAUCUCACUGAUUAUAUGGCUAGAGAAGGGAAUACUGGCCAGUCACGAGACUGUGGCUGAAGUUUUAGGCAUAAGUACACUGGAGCAAACGACGGGCUUUCAUUUGGAUCUUGAUGAUUACUUGGUCGGCCUACUGUGUCUAUGUUCAGAACUGGCAAGAUUGGCAGUGAAUUCAGUAACUCGUGAUGAUUAUGAGAAGCCUUUGCGAAUAUCCAAGUUUGUCAUGGAUCUAAAUAGUGGAUUCAGAUUAUUAAAUAUUAAGAACGAUCAUCUCCGCAAAAGGUAUGACGCGCUGAGGUAUGACGUGAGAAAAAUAGAGGAGGUUGUCUAUGAUCUGUCUAUCCGGGGACUGCUUCCCAAACCGGACGCGGAAAAUGCAUUGGAAAUGCCGGAUGCGAUGACUGAAUCUUAGCUAUAUCGUAUAACUAAUUUUUUAAUAAAUUAUAUUUCGUAUAAACAAAAACAAA